UUAUUACAUUAGCGUUACCGGAAAAUAGAGAGAGUGAGAGAGGAGAGAGAGAGAGGAGUCCCCGUUAAUAUACGCAUCGUUACCAGCGAGAGAGAGAGAGGGAUAGCUCAGAGCUGUGAAAUUCAACAGAUCUUCGAUCCAAGAAUUGUCGAAGAAGAAGAAGAAAUGCUGCCCACCGCGUCAAAAGGCCGUACGGCCUCCAACGUUCGAGCCAAUCCCGUCUUCCCUCAGUACCUCCGAAGAAUCGUCAAGUGGCAACAAAUGGAUAUCGAAUAUACUUUUUGGCAAAUGCUUCAUUUGUGCACCUCGCCUAAAGUUGUCUAUCAGCACACUAAGUACCAUAAGCAAACUAAGAAUCAAUGGGCACGUGAUGAUCCAGCCUUCAUUGUAAUCUGCAGUUUUCUUUUGGCCGUUUCUACUUUGUCUUAUUGUGCUGCGUAUGACCAUAGCACAACACAUGCAGUUUUUGUCAUUAUUUCAGUAUUGCUCAUUCAUUUUUUACUUAUCGGAGUAGUUCUGGCCACAUGCUGCUGGUUCCUGACAAAUAAUUAUCUUCGAGAGGAAGCUCCAAAUAGUCAUGUGGUGGAGCAACGAGUUGAAUGGCUGUAUGCUUUUGAUGUACACUGCAACUCUUUCUUCCCGAUGUUCGUCAUGCUUUAUGUGAUACAUUAUUUUCUAUCACCACUUCUGGUUGCUCAUGGUUUCAUCCCAGUUUUGCUAUCAAAUUUGCUUUUUAUGGUGGCUGCAUCGUACUAUCAUUACCUUAACUUCUUAGGUUAUGAUGUAUUGCCCUUUCUAGAGCGAACCACUUUUUUCUUGUAUCCCAUUGGCGUUGUCAUUGUCCUUUCACCUAUCUUGAUUUUGAGUGGUUUCAAUCCGUCAAGAUACUUCAUGAACAUGUACUUCAGUCAAUGGCAAUGAUUCACCAUGGCUAAUGCAGGAACACAAGAUGGCACAUAUAAUGAUGACGUGGGGGUGGAAUUAGUUGAGACAGUGCAGGAACGCAAAUAGGCUUUAGUGAAUGUAUGAUUGGUUCUCUUAUCCGUGUAAACGGAAAGCAAGAUGACCAUGCGGUUUGUUGUUAUUGUCUAUAGUCCUUUUAAUUGCUGCGAACGAAAAUCCAAAACAAAGUGAUGUCGUAGGCCUAAAUUGUUUUUCCCUGUGGCCGAGAAAAUCAAUCAAGUAGUUUGUUGAAUGUAAUGAUUUUGCCUCUUCUCAUCAAAUAUAUAUUUUUUCUCUUUCGUUUUUCACCCA